CACUGGACGUAGAGUCAUUUUAAUCGAGAUAUCUCUGCUUCACUGUCAUCUUUGUAAACAUAACCUGAAAAUCCAGAAAUCUUACCCUUGGAUUUAAAAAACAUUUAAACGAAAAAGAAGGUUCAUGUUUAUUGAAAAAUGUUUGAACGACAGGGAUGGAUUUGCUUCACCCACUUUGCUGAGGGAUAGUUCAAAUUCAUAAAUACAUACAUUUCUUCAAAAUGGACUUGAAAAGUUGGGGUUGGAUUGGCUUAUUUGCUGUUUUGUUAAUAUCUUCACUUGGCCUUUACUGGAUAUUUGUAAUAAUUUUGUGUUUACUCCUAUUCUCACUUGGUUUCUUCUCUUACAUGAAUGCAAAACUUGGAGAUGUGGAUGAAUUUGAGAGUAGAUUUUAUGGAAAUCCUUUAAUAACUGAAAACUUCGAAGGAGGUAUUAAUCAGUUUACAGAAAAACUGGAUAAUCCUAAGUAUGUCUCUAAAAGUGAUACAAGAGUAACUGGAAGUGAUGUAAUUGAUAGUUCCUUACAAGAAAUUUUAGGAUACAUUAUCCGAGAUUAUGUAUCUCCCUGGUAUAAUCUUAUUUCUGAUGACAAAGAAUUUCCAGAAGUUACAAUCAGAAAGACAGCUCAAACUUUUGCCAUAAAUAUUUCUAAUAGGAUCAAAGAAAUUGAUUGGAUUCCAUAUCUAACUACACAAUUAGUAGAUGAAGCAGCUUCACAUCUAAGAUUAUUCAAACAGGCAAGGACUAAAAUGCAGCUGCUUUCCAUUCCUAAAACUAUGAGAAAUUCGCCAAUGAGAGACUUCAAAAAUUCACCUAAGAAAUCUUUCCACAAAAGAAAUAAAAGUGAAACAGACGUAAAUUGGUACCAUAAACGAGCAAAUGAAUUGAAGAAUGAGCAAGAAAGACUAUUGGGGAACUCGAAGCUCCAAAAUAGUGAUAAAAGAAGAGGUAUUACUUUAGAAGAUUUCUUUUUUGAUUUGGAACUAGUUAUGGAAAGCAAUCUUUUAUGUAGAGAUGGUGUUUGUACUGAUCCAGAUCAGGAAAGGGAAUAUUUCUCGGAACUAACCCAAAUUUUACUGUACAUACUUUUACCUGAUGAAGACUUUCAAUGUAAACCGCUUCGAAUACUUUUGAGGGAAAUAAUUUGCAAUGUUGUGAUUUUACCUUUAUUUAAAAUGUUAUCAGAUCCUGAUUAUAUUAACAGGAUCAUGAUAUGGCUGUGCUUGGGUGAAGCAUCCUUACCUAGCGAAAUUUUUUUAACUGUAUUGAGGAUAACUGAUAACUGUGAUGAGCUUAAAAGUACCAAAGAAAUUGUCCUGGAGGAAAUUCAUAUUUUGAGAUCUAGAGACUCUGGAGCAGACAAUGAAACAAAACAAACACUAAGCAGCUUGUUAUAUGUAUUGAAAUUGAUAGAGAGUCGAAUAACUAAAAUGGAUAACAUUGAUUUAAGAGAUUCUUAUGGUUUAGAAUAUAUACAACAAGAUAGUGCUAGUGCAAUUGAUUUAACUUUGGAACAGAUUUUGAAGAACAAUGUAGCUCUUUCCUACUACCUGGAUUAUAUCACUAGUCAAAAUAAACAAAUUGAUUUAUUUUUCUACUUAAAUAUUGAAGGUUGGAAAGUUUCUGUUGAGCAACAAUUAUCAGAUAUACACAUUAAUAAAAUGAAAGGCAUCACAGAAAAUAUACAGUCAAUAUAUAAUACAAUUCGCACAACAGCUCAAAGUAUUUUUGAUCAAUAUUUGGGCGAAAGAGCUGAGCAGCGUGUUCAAAUAAAGCCCUCUUUAGUGCAGUCUUUAUACUUCAAAAUAAGGAAUCUCAAUGAAAUUCCUAGUGAUCUUUGGUUUGAUGAGGUCCAACAAUAUAUUUAUGAUAAAAUGGAACACAACCCCGAUUACCUUCCCGCAUUUAAAAAGAGUAAGAUCUAUAUAAAACUACUUCAGGAAUUAGAUCUUAUCCAGCAAACUUUGAAUGAAUAUGAUAGUAUAAGCUUGAAUAGCGACGAAAAUUUAGAAAUUACCAUAACUGAAUCUAAAAUUGAAAAUACGAAUUUACAAACUACAAAACCUCUGGAGGAUGGAGCUUAUCUUUGCAUAUCUGAUAACAUCCAAAAGAGUCAGCGUCACAUGAGGUCCUUCAGUGAUGUUGAUGUUGUUGUUUUCACUGAAAAUGACAAAGUAGCUGAACCCAAGAUAUCACCAAACAUGGUGGAGAGAGCCUCCUCUGCUGAUGAUAACAAUUUAGUGGAGAAGAAUUUGAGAUCAGAAAACUAUACAUUGACAGUAAAAAUUAUUGAAACAGGUAUUGUAAGUGAGAAAGGAAAAACCUUUGGUAUAUACGCAAUUCAAGUCAGUAGACAGCACGAAACAGGUUUUUUAGAAGAAUGGCAUAUUUACAGAAGAUACAGUGAUUUCCACGAUUUAUAUACGAAAGUUAAAGAAAAGUAUCCAGACUUAUCAAAACUUACUUUUCCUGGCAAGAAAACAUUCCAUAACAUGGAUAGAUCCGUAUUAGAAAAACGCAUGAAAAUGCUAGGAAACUACAUGAAUGAAAUAUGCAAUCCAGCCGUAAUAUCCUCACACAAUGGUCUAAAACAAUUGCUAAUGACAUUUUUAGAACAAGGAGAAUAUGACAAAGCCACCGGAGGUCCAAUAUCAACAACUAUCAAUAAUCUAGUGAAUCCCAUCAAGACUGGAAUGAAAACGAUCAAAAAUAUGCCAGAACAAUUAAUUAAUACAGUAGAUGAAGUUGUAGGGGGCAUUACGAAGGUAUUCAACAAUAAACAAGGCCGGUCUACAGAGUCAAGCAAGGUUGGAGCUAGUAUUGAAGAGACUGAUGAUAAUAUUCCACUAAGAAUAUUUUUAUUACUCAUGGAUGAGGUGUUUGAUCUCAAAUCCAGAAACCAGUGGCUAAGAAGGAGGAUUAUCACUUUAGUGAGGCAAUUUAUUAGAACUAUGUUUGGAGAUAUCGUGAAUAGAAAAAUUCUGGAUUAUGUAUCUGUGAUGACUAGUCCUAAAAAUGUGGCACAUUAUCUUUCUGUAUUCAAGCAAUCUAUUUGGCCCAAUGGUAAUAAGUAUGAGAAGAGACCUGAUAGAGAUGAACACACAAAAAAUAGAACUAGGGUAGCUGCAAAAGGUGCUUUAUUGUCCUGUUUGUCAGAUGAACUGAAGCAUAUUGUAGGAUCUGAAACAACAAGAAGGGGUUUGAUGACAGUGUUUGAAUUAUUCCAGAACCCAACAUUGAAUAAGAGAUUGUUGUUUGUCCUAUUGGAAAGCAUAUUGAUUACUUUAUUUCCAGAAAAAGAUAUGAAUAAAAUAAUCUGUACUCUCCACUCGAGGUCACAAAGGUAUCAGUGCCAUUUGAAAAACAAAAAACUUGUAUGAAACCAAAGUGCCAUAAUAACUGUUAUGAAUUUGGCCAAAUUAAGCUUUUUUCAGAUAUUUGCAACUUUUCAAAAGCUUCUAAUUCGUACACAGAUAAUUUAACUCAGCCAAAACUUGAUGUAUAUAUAUUUUUUAUCAUAUCUGGGUUCUUUGAACUAUACUAUAAAAUAAAAAUUUUCGACAUACCUGAUAUCAUUAGCAUAUUCUUUCUCAAAGUUCCCAAGAUUUGUUGAACAUCUUUAUUAUUUUAGUGGUACUUUAUAAACUGAAUAUUUAGCAUGAGGCAGGAUCAUUUUUGUAUUGUUGGAAAUCAAAAAUUUUAAAUGUAUCCUAAGAAUUGCGCACAAAUAUCUAUACAUUCACUUUUAUGGAUUCGCCACGAUGUAGAAUAUGACAUUUUUAAUAUCCUUGAAUCUUUUUAUAUUGCUUAUAUUGUAGUAUCAAUUGCUUAAAGGGAAUUAUUCUAAUGAAACAUAUAAAUUAAACAGAACUAUUUUUUCAAAUCUUUGGAACAAAUGAGAUGUUGAUGAAAUAAAUAUAUUAAGAUAAAAUGAAGGUAUAUGGGAGUCGUUCACAAGCUUAAAUGAAUGAUAUUUAGAUACUCAGGAUCAGUCACUUAGAAUAUUCACUCAGAAACAUUCCUAAAAAUGAAAAAUAAAGUGCAUUUGCUGGUUGCCAAAAUAUGAAUAACAUUUGUAUUCAUACCAGUUUGGAAUUAUGGGAGAUAAAAUAUUUGUAUUCUUAUGUUCAUUAUUCUUCCUCAUCAAAUUCAUUAAAAAGAAAUAUUGAGGAUAAAUAUAUUGAACAUUUAGUAUCAUAUGUUGGUAUAUAAAUCUUUCAUCAAUUGCUUUGUACUUAUUCACUUUAUGUAUAUUUUCCAAGGCACUAGCAUAUUAAACAUCACACUAUUCUAGGAAAACUUAUUGAAUUAGCCCUCAAUUUGUUGGAGCUUUAAUAUAUACUAUUUAUUUA